AUGGAUAAACAUAACAAUCAAGAUCAAGAUUACACUUCCAAAAUGAAGCUUUGCUUAAAGAUUAAGCUGCCCAACACCGUCAAAGACCCUCCUGUAGCUCCACAAGCUGAAAAUAUUGGUGGCCACAGCGGCGGCCGCGGCGGAGAUGUGCAUGAGUUGCCACCGGGUUACCGUGCAUGUGAAUACUGUGACAAGGUUUUUAGCUCCGGUAAAGCUUGGGGCGGCCAUAAAAGGCAUCAUUUAAAGCUUCAAAGAGAAGAAGAUAGAAGAAAAAAUAGUAAUAAUAAAAAUAAUAAUCACGAAUAUUCACCAUCUUCAUCAUCAAAAAAGCUUGAAAAGAAGAAAAAUUUCAAGAAAAUCAGCUAUGGAGAUGAUCAUAAGAAUAAUACGAUCCGAAUUGGUGAUGUGAAAGUUAGAAAUGGUAAACCUACGUGUUGUUUAUGUGGUGCGGAAUUUCCUUGUAUGCCAUCUUUAUUUGGACAUAUGAGAUCUCAUUCUGAUAAUGAUUGGAAAAAUAUUCAAUCUAUUUCUAAUUCUGCUGCGAGAUUGGAUUUCGAAGAUGACGAAGAUGAAGACGAAGACGAAGAUGUUUAUUAUAAUCAGAUUCAGACUAGUCCUGUUCUUGAAAGUUCAAGGAAAGAUAAGAGAAUAGUAAAGGUUCGUGAUCAUCAUAAUAGUGUUAAUAGUGUUGAUUUAAUGAGUUCUCUGGGUGGUGAUUCAUGGCGGCGAAAGGAUUUCCGGGGCCGGGGUUGUUUGACGGAGCUGAUACCUCAGGCGGCGCGUGAUUUGCUAACGUUGUCUAAAUCUAAAUCUGAAGUAGUACCAGUAGUAGUAUCAAAGUCAUCAAAGAAAUUGAACUACGGUAGUAAGUAUAAAGAUAUUUCAUCAAAGAUGGAUUUUCAAGAACGUAAAAUGUCAUUAAGUCUUGGUAAGAGGAGAAAUGAUGUUCGAGAAUGGGAUCGAGAAAGCGAAGAGGAUGAGAUGAUUCCGAAUAAAAAGCGUCGUCGGAAACGAAGUUCGAAUGAAGUCGGUUCGUCUACCGGAGAAGCUACUUCUAAUACUUCUUCAAUUGGAGAAGCUGCUCAAGUUAUGUUAAACAUUGAUCUUAAUCAGCCCUAUGUUGAGCAGAAUGAAGAAGAUUGA